GCUGACUGGAGCGCGUACGCAUGGGAAAACGUAGACCAUGAUGCCAAAUUUUGUAUCUUUUUAUCGGUUCAUUACGUCUAUGGUUUUUCUCAAGUCUAUUAAAGUGCCAGGUUUGAAGAUAAAAGCGAAAAAAAAAAAAAAAGUCGGAGAUGGCGGACCAAGUCUUCGCGCAGAAGGUCACUGAUAUACGGGAAACUCAAGAUCCAUAUCAUUCUAUUCCAUGCGUAACUACCACACGAGUAGUAUACUCAAAGCCAUCAGACCUGCCUUCAAGUCGAGGGACAGCAGAGGGGGUGUCAGAAGUUUCGAUAAAAACUUUGACGCAAGUGGUGCCAAGAAAGAAAUCAAAAUUUGGGAUCAAAAAGGCAUCUCGAAGCAUGAAUUUUUCAUAAGAAAGUACGGUAACAUAUCCCCGGAGGAACGCAAAAGACUCGACGAGAAAGUUGAGAAACAGAGGUUUCUCCGUGAACAACGCAAACGGCACGAAAGAGGAGAUAGCUAUGACCGCCCGAGAAGAGAAACCAUCUCGCUAAACCCACUAUGCGAGUACAUCUUUGGUACUCACUCUGUGAUAUCCGCAUUAACGGCAGGAAAGAGAGAAGCGUUUAGCACUCUUUAUAUUCACAACAUAAAGGAGCAUACAGAAAAAAUCCUCGGAUUGGCUAAAAAAUUCGGUGUGAGGGUCGUAGAAAAGAAAUCUAAGGGAGAAUUAAACACCCUCAGCUCGAAUGGAGUUCAUAAUGGUGUCGUCUUAGAGACUAAGCCAUUAAUAUUACCCGAGAUUGCAUCUUUAACCAAUAACUUUGAUGGAAUUUCUGGUUCAUACGAAGUGAGUCUUAUCGAUGAUGCUACAAAUGGUGAAAUCAAGAGGAUGAAUGAUAUAGUGAGAAGCGCUCAAUCCAGUUCAGGAAACUUUCCGCUUGGAAUCUAUGUGGAUGGUGUGACUGACCCACAAAAUCUUGGCAACAUAGUGAGAUCAGCGUAUUAUCUUGGGGCAGAUUUCAUGGUAGUACCAGAGUCUGAAACAGCACGGCUUGGCCCAGUAACUGCCAAAGCAGCAGCAGGGGCGCUUGAUUUAUUCACAAUUUACAAAACAAAUAGUUCUCUUGAGCUUAUCGACUCUGCGAAAAAAAAUGGCUGGAGUAUAGUAAGCACAAGCUCGAGAGAACGGGAAGAUGAUCUUGGUGAUAUGAAAUCAAAUCAUCGCCGGCACGUCGCAGGAAAAUACAUUGAUCAAAACGAAUUGCCUCGUAUAAUGAGUGCAGCGCCGAUGUUGAUUGUUUUAGGAAGCGAGGGGGCGGGGAUUAGGACCAAUAUUAAGUUGAGGUCUGACUUUCUUGUGGGAUGGAAGAAAGGAAGGUUGGGGCAGAGUUCAAUAGAUUCGAUGAAUGUCGCUGUGGCCGCCGGGCUCAUAAUAGCCAAAAUCUUGGAAUAGAUAAUAAGUGAAUUUUAUUCAAUAAUUCUUUUGACAUGAAUUCCCAAACUGACAUGGAUGCUAGUGAACUGUCGCGAUCUUUUCUUACCCGGUUGUUAGGUUUUGAAAAUGAUGCAAUUAAAUAUUGUAUGGCUCCCACCUUCCCUCCAAUCUAAGAU